GCAACUGCUCUUAAGAACAAGGGCAACGAUGCUUUCAAGAACAAGGAAUGGCCUAAAGCAAUCGACUUCUACUCCCAGGCCAUCGAGAAGUACGACAAGGAACCUUCAUUCUACACCAACAGAGCCCAGGCUCAUAUUCGACUCGAGGCAUACGGAUAUGCUGUUGCAGACGCUACCAAGGCCAUCGAGCUAAACCCUGACUUUGUCAAGGCCUACUACCGCCGCGCCGUUGCCAACACCGCCAUCCUGAGACACUCCGACGCUAUCCACGACUGGAAGAUUGUUGUCAAGAAGCAGCCCUCGGACAAGGUCGCCCGCGCUCAACACGAUGCUUGCCAGAAGGUCAUUAAGCGCGAUGCCUUCCUCAAGGCCAUCGAGGCCCCCGAUGCUCCCUCAGCCGCUGAGGGUCUGGACUUAGCCAACAUGGCUAUUCCUUCCGACUACGAUGGUGUUAAGCUUGGAGACGAGAUGACGCUGGAGUUCGUCGAAGACACAAUUGAGCGUUUCAAGAAUGGCAAGAAGCUGCCUUUGAAAUACGUUUACCAGAUCAUUCUGGCCGUCAAGGACAUUUGCUACAACGAGCCUACUAUGGUCGAGACACAUGUCGACCAGGGCAAGAAGAUCACUGUCUGUGGUGACACACACGGACAAUACUUUGACCUGAUGGAGAUUUUCAGAAUGAACGGCCGCCCCUCGGCCGACCACGCAUACCUGUUCAACGGAGACUUUGUCGACAGAGGCAGCUGGUCUUGCGAAAUCGCUCUCCUACUAUACGCUUACAAGUGGCUGUACCCCAAGUCCAUGUUCUUGAACCGCGGAAACCACGAGACAGACGACAUGAACAGAAUGUACGGAUUUGAGGGUGAAUGCAAGGCCAAGUACAACGACCGCACUUUCAAGCUCUUCUCGGAAUCCUUCAGCGCAUUGCCACUGGCUACUUUGAUCGGUGACAAGUACUUUGUUCUCCACGGCGGUCUCUUCUCGGACGACAACAUCACGCUCGACGACGUGAGAAAGCUCAACAGACACAACCAGAAACAACCCGGACAGAGUGGAUUGAUGAUGGAAAUGCUGUGGACAGAUCCCCAGACCGCGCCAGGAAGAGGACCCAGCAAGCGUGGAGUUGGACUGCAGUUUGGACCGGAUGUGACCAAGCGAUUCUGCGAGAAGAACGGACUGGAAGCCAUCAUCCGCAGUCACGAGGUCAGAAUGGACGGAUACGAGGAAGAGCACGACAGCAAGUGUAUCACCAUCUUCUCGGCACCCAACUACUGCGACUCGACAGGCAACAGAGGAGCCUUUAUCAACAUCGAAGACGACUACAAACUGCAGUUCAAGCAGUUUGAUGCUGUCAAGCACCCGGAUAUUAAACCCAUGGCGUACGCCAGCUCACCGAUGAUGGGAAUGAUGUAA